UCGUCAGUUCAUCAAGCGCUCUGGAAAAGAAAGACCAACAGAGAUUACUUUAUUCAGUAUUUAUCCAUUUAAUCUCAUAUUUAUUGCUCAGAAUUUGAAGAUGGAAGCCUGUAGAAGCCUGUUGAAGAGCGCGCUGGUCGUCAUCGUCCUGGUGGCAAUGUUUCAGUCGGGAUCCGCAGCAGAGAAGCUGGCAACCUGCUGUACGAAAGUCACCAAACAGAAGAUAACAGAGCCAAUCUUAGGCUACUUGGUACAGCAAGCUGACCCCCCGUGUGUCCAGGCUGUCAUAUUUCAAACCAAAUCAGGUCUUUUCUGCAGUUAUCUGAGGGCUCCCUGGGUUUACCGCACAAUUGCUGCAUUUGAGAAAGCAAAAGCUCAGGCCGCCGCUUCGUCUGUGGCACCCUCCACUCCCGUCUCCCUCCUCUCCAUCAUCACAUCCACCGCCUCCCCUUCUACAUCCCCCACUCCUCCUUCCUCCUCAUCUCUCCCUCUUUCCUCCUCAACUUUUCCUGCUUCUUCCUCCUUUCACCUUCUAUCCUCGUCCUCUCUCCCUGCUUCUACCUCCUCCGCUCUACCUGCUUCCUCCUCAACUUUUCCUGCUUCUUCCUCCUUUCACCUUCUAUCCUCCUCCUCAGCUUUUCCUUCUUCUUCCUCCUCAACUUUUCCUGCUUCUUCCUCACCCUCUUCCCCCACCACGUCCGAGACGCCUGCUGGUGAAACCUUUUCGACGGCGGGUAGCAGCGUUUACGCUUCCAGCCUUGACGCCUGAAUGUGUCAAAACGUUCACAUUAAUGCCUCGACACUGAUGCAAACCAAUGUUUGAAAUAGCACUUGAAGAACAGAAUUAUGUUAAUUUAUUAUUAUGUUGAAUAUUUAGAUUCUUUCAAUGCCGUUAGGAGUGAAAUUAUUUAUUAGUUUAAUUUAAUUGACCAGCGCUGAUAGAAGUAUUCAUCUAUUUAUUACCAAGAGUAUUUAUCAAUAUUUACAAGUUACUAUGGACAAUGUCAUGAUUAUAGUAAC